AUGGCCACAACCUCGACAACGCCGGCCCCGCCUUCUGCUGCAUCCAUACUUUUUGCGCGCGGCGUAAUUGCGCGGCUGGCGAUAUGGGAUACCCUCCGACUGGCGAUUCAGGAAGGCUGGGGCGGGGGCGCGAAUGGCCCAGAAAAACGGACAUGGCUAGCGUCCGUCAUCGUUGACGCAUUCGAGGAAACUGUGCCCAUCCCCGACGACCAAUAUGUCGAAGAAAUACUCGUCCAAGUGCUAGCUGAUGAAUUCGACACGGUUCUGCAGGACGGCAGUGCCGAGCCUGUUGCGGUGGACAUCGUUCGCCUGUGGGAAGAAACGAGUAUUGGGAAGGACGAGCUCGUGGUCAAGUUUGAGACUAAGGCGGACGGGCUUAAAGGAAAAAAGGCUGUCGCUCAGGAAAUUCCUGGCGGAGACGAGGAGGAGUGGAUUAGCGAUAGUGGGUCUGAAGAUGAUGAUGCAAUGGAUGAAGACGAGGCACCACAAUUAAUCGAAGCUCAACAGUCAGAACCCAGAAAACGAGAGGAACCAGAGGUCGACGAAGAUGGCUUUACGCUGGUGAAAGGCAAAGGAAAAAGUCAUAGAUAG